GGCAGUUUGCGACAGUUGUCAUCGGUAGACGGUAACGUAAAGCGCAGCAGCAGUGAACGUGGAGAGCUGGUUCCGAACAGGAACACAAACAGGAGAACAAACAGGAGAACAGGAGAACAAACAGGAGAACAGGAGAACAGAUGGAGAACUACCAGAGGACUCGGACGGUGGAGCGUCCGUCCGUCUGUCCGUUCCCCGCUCUCCCCCCCGACACGCCGGAGGUCCGCGUCAGAGACGGCAGUAAGAUCCGCCACCCGCUGCGUUUCGCUCUGAGCCGCAUGGAGGACAAACCCCGAGCAGCUGAGGAGGAGGGACGACCCGAGGACGGGGGCGUGGCCUCGGAGGGACAACAGGAAGCAGCUGGACGGCCGCUCUGCAGACAGAUUGUCCUCACGGCGAGCGGGAAGGGCGUGUCCAAAGCCAUCACGUGUGCGGAGAUGGUGAAGCGGCGGGUGAAGGGACUCCACCAGCUCACCAGGCUGCAGUUCAACACCGUGGACGAAGUCUGGGACCCGCUGGAGACGGACGCCGGCCUGGACAGCCUCACCGUCAGCAGGAACGUCCCCGCCAUCUGGAUCCUCCUCUCCAGGGACACGCUGGACCGCAGUCAGCCGGGCUACCAGGAACCGGGACGCCACGACGCCCUGUGGGACAACAGGGAGGACGGGGGAGGACAGAGACCGGGACUCAAGAGGAAGAAGGGAGGAGGAGGAGGAGCAGGAGGAAGAGGACGGGGACCCGGCCGUCAGACUGGACGGUCCAGAGAACCUGCUAAAGGACAGAGUUGAUUUAACUCUGGACGUAAAGAAGACCAACGCUGGGAAGCAGCAGGAAGAGGACACAUAGAGGACACAUAGAGGAGACAUAGAGGACACAUAGAGGAGACAUAGAGGACACAUAGAGGAGACAUAGAGGAGACAUAGAGGACACAUAGAGGACACAUAGAGGACACAUAGAGGAGACAUAGAGGACACAUAGAGGAGACAUAGAGGACAUUCAGAGGACACAUAGAGGAGACAUAGAGGACACAUAGAGGAGACAUAGAGGAGACAUAGAGGACACAUAGAGGACACAUAGAGGAGACAUAGAGGACACAUAGAGGACACAUAGAGGAGACAUAGAGGAGACAUAGAGGAGACAUAGAGGACACAUAGAGGAGACAUAGAGGAGACAUAGAGGACACAUAGAGGACACAUAGAGGAGACAUAGAGGACACAUAGAGGACACAUAGAGGAGACAUAGAGGAGACAUAGAGGAGACAUAGAGGACACAUAGAGGAGACAUAGAGGACACAUAGAGGAGACAUAGAGGAGACAUAGAGGAGACAUAGAGGAGACAUAGAGGACACAUAGAGGAGACAUAGAGGACACAUAGAGGAGACAUAGAGGACACAUAGAGGAGACAUAGAGGACACAUAGAGGAGACAUAGAGGACAUUCAGAGGACACAUAGAGGACACAUAGAGGACAUUCAGAGGACACAUAGAGGACAUUCAGCGGAGACAUAGAGGACAUUCAGCGGAGACAUAGAGGACACAUAGAGGACACAUAGAGGACAUUCAGCGGACACAUAGAGGACAUUCAGCGGAGACAUAGAGGACACAUAGAGGAGACAUAGAGGACACAUAGAGGAGACAUAGAGGACACAUAGAGGAGACAUAGAGGACACAUAGAGGAGACAUAGAGGACAUUCAGAGGACACAUAGAGGACACACAGAGAAGACAUAGAGGACACAUAGAGGACAUUCAGAGGACACAUAGAGGACAUUCAGCGGAGACAUAGAGGACACAUGGAGGACAUUCAGAGGACACAUGGAGGACAUUCAGAGGACAUUCAGAGGACACAUAGAGGACCUGAUCUGAAAUGAACCUUGAAGACAUAUCAUGUAUAGUUUUUAUUUCUUGGUCCCAGAGGGACAGACACAUGAGAUGGAGGACUUUCUUGGUUGUCUGAUAAACUGCUGAUUUUGAAAAAGCUUUAUUUGAAGUUCAGUGUCUUUAAAUGUCUCAGCACAGAUUUAAC